UAUUCAGAAACAUGUGAUAUACAUAAAUUCAUAUAUGGAAUUUUCCGGUGGUGCAGUGUUCCUACCUUAUAUAAAUGUGUGCGAUCAAGAAAUACGAAGAGAAAAUAUUCAUAAAAUGCGCAAAGUAAGCAUCGAUUUGAUCGAUUCAUUGCAGAUAAAAAAUGGAAUAAUUUUAAACAGUCCUGAAGAAACAAAUUGUGUGAUAUAUCAUCUAUUUUAUGGUGGUAUGUGGCAACCACCCCUACUAAAUAUGUACACGAAGCAUAACUUCUUGUAUGACAUCUUUCUGGCAAAUGUAACAAACAGCGAUAUUGUAAAGUGUUAUGAAUCAGCCGAGAAAGGAUUUGAAAUUUGGAGUGCCAAAUCUAUUAAAUCCAGAAUAGAAAUAUUAUCUAAUCUCGAGUCUAUGUUAAUUUCUAUCGGUAAACCUCUAUUGGCGGCUAUAGUAGAACGAUGGAUGAGUUUCCCAAAUGUCUGUCCAAAUGUCAUAGGAUUUAGUUCUGCAUGUGCAUCCUCGCAGUAUGCAGAAGUAGAAGUAAUGUAUACUCGCAUGCCAUUAGGUGUUAUCUUUCUCAAAGAGUGCAAUGAAAACGCUUUGUUUGUUCGAUUAAUGCAAACUUUAAUUGCUGGAAAUACCGUUAUUGUUUUAAAUAACGCAAAUUUUUCUGGUAUAUUACCAUAUUGCAAUAUAUUUUCAACAUGCGGUAUUCCUGCAGGCGUUAUAAAUUCAUUAUCGCAUUCAGAUUUAAAUUUUCUAGAAAAUAAAUUAUUCGCAGGGCCACACUCGGACUACAUAAAAGACUAUUUCGAAAAAGGCACAUCAGUGCAAUCAUAUGCAAUUUCAUAUAGAAAUCUUACCAUGCCUAAACAAAUUGUACUUCCUUUUAAGUAAUUUUGGUCAUUUGUUAUAUAUAGGCUAUAGUAUUUGCAUUAAAUGUAUAUAUAUAUAAA